AAUUUUCCUAAAAUGUUUUUCAAUAUGUAACAAAAUUGACAAAAAUGAAUUUAAAGAUAAUUGAUGAUUAUAUAAAAAGUAACUGAUUUUUAUGAAAUAUAAAAAUAUUAGCUAUAUUUUUGUACUCUCCAAUUAAUUAGUUAAAUAUGGCUUCUACUUCUAGAAGACAAACUACAAUUGGAACUAGAAAAAGAGGUGUACCAAAAAUGGAAUUGACUGCUGAACAAAAAGAUGAUAUAAAAGAAGCAUUUGACUUAUUUGAUCCAGAUGGCACUGGAAGAAUAGCUACCAAAGAACUUAAAGUGGCUAUUAGAGCUCUUGGAUUUGAACCAAAAAAAGAAGAGAUAAAAAAACUUAUAGCUGAUGUUGAUCCAGAUGGUCUUGGCACAUUAUCAUUUGAAGAAUUUUUAAAUUUAAUGUCUACAAAAAUGUUAGAAAAGGACACAAAAGAAGAAGUUUUAAAAGCAUUCCGUCUUUUUGAUGAUGACAAUACAGGAAAAAUAACUUUUAAAAAUUUAAAAAGAGUUGCUCGAGAAUUAGGAGAAAAUCUUACAGAUGAAGAGCUGCAAGAAAUGAUUGAUGAGGCAGAUAAAGAUGGGGACGGAGAAGUUUCUCAAGAAGAGUUUUUACGUAUUAUGAAGAAAACUAGUUUGUAUUAGCAUUUCAUUAUUUAUUUUUGAAUUAUUCUGUAAAGAUUGCUUUUGUCUGCAAGUUGCUUGUGUGAUUUGUGUAAGACAUUACUAUUAUCAAUUAUUUCGAUUUAAAAGCUAACUUUAUUUUAUAUAAUGAUACACAAUACUAAAUAUAAAUAAUAGUUAAUAGUAUAUAAUAGUAUACACUGAUAUUAACUUAGAGAUAUUGGAAAAAUAUUAAAUAUUUUGUUCAUAAACAGUACAAAAUAAUUAUAAAAAAUUUAAUUAUU